AUGACAACCACCGAUCAUAGUCAGAUGAUGAAGCAAUGGCAGUUUACAAAAGCUGGAAAUCCUCGAGAUGUUUUAACAAUGGUUGAAGUACCUAUUCCAACUACAUGCACCGAUAAUGAAGUACUUAUAAAGAUCAGUCAUGUUUCAUUGAAUUCAUCGAUAGCGAAUCGACUUAUAGCAUAUUAUGGUGUCGUUGAUCCGAUAGGUGCAUUCAUAGGCAGACCUGCUGUGCCCGAAGUGGACUUCAGUGGAAUUGUCUGUGAUUUACGAGGUGCAAAUGUAACA